UUGAGGCCGCUGGGAGCUCAUAAUAAAGCAGAAGGUGUCUCAGAUGUUCAGUCUACAGUCUGACUGCGAACCAGGAGCUGCAGGUUGUCAGAAGGUGUGUCGGCUUCUAUCUGGACUCCGGAAUAACUUCACUCUGGACUUUUGUUUUGAACUUUUUAAUCCUCCUACUUGGUCAUUUCAGCAGUUUUUUUUUUUAAAAAUUGGCUUUUUAUUCUUUUUUACAUCUUUACUAUUGAUUUCUAAUGUGUGAUGGCUAAUGCAUCAUCGGUUGAUGUGGGAGUUUUGUUUCUAAUCGUGGUGGCAGCAUCUCUGGCCAACGGUUCAUCGUCUAGCAAAGAUGUGAGCCAGAGGAGGGAGGUGGAAGCCGUCAAGAUGCUGCUCCCCGGCGGCAAGAAAGACCUCAACGCUGCUCCUGGUUCCCACGGUGGCGAGGCGAAGCCCUGCUAUACCUGCGGCCCGCCGGUGGCCAGGAAACGCACCAAAAGGUGUACAUGUUACACCUACAAAGACAAGGAGUGUGUUUAUUACUGCCACCUGGACAUCAUCUGGAUCAACACACCAGAGCACACUGUACCGUAUGGUAUGUCCAGUUACCAGGGUUCCCUGCGUAUGAGGCGCUCUGCUGGGACCGAACGGGGGACGGCAGGGGUGGAGGCCCAGCGCUGUGUUUGUAUGCGGCAGACUGACUCGGACUGCAGCAGCUUCUGCACAAACAGGAAAAGGACUUCACCUCCAGCGGUGCCUAAAACAAACAAGAGGACGAGACCUGUGCGCAGUGGGCCUUCUAUGAAAUGAACAUAAAAGUGACAUGCCUGUAAUUUGAAAGGUGGACAUACUCGAAGCAUCCUGCUAUUCUGGGUAGUAUCAUGUGUAUCUACUUUUCUGUAGAUAGACAAGUUUUGUUAGUGUCCUGACAUCAGACUGAUGGAUGAAAACCCACAAAGCUGCUUGCACAAAAACUGAAAGUGAGGGGUCUCAGUAGGGAUGCUAAUGGAAUGCAUUCCCCUCAACCCCGAUGGCUCUCUCUGCCUGUGUGUGUUCGACAGGUGUCGAUGAUGUUUUUCAUUAUCCGGUCACAACCGAGGAUCUGUUACAUGGACGGUUUAUGGGGAUCAUAACAGACUUUUGGUAGAGCUGCUCACACAUGUCCAUGCCACGUGAUGUGGAGCUGCUGUCAUCCAACCCGACCACCUCCACAGCAACAGAAGAAAUGUAUCAUAUGACUGGUUUCUCUACAGUGGAUGUGAACACACCAUCACAGUCAAUAACUCAGCAUUAUUUUUACAAAAGUCACCAUUUGUCACUGAAAAAUACCGGACGUCAUUAUGGUUGUUCCAUCAUGACUGUUUCUAGUUGUGAAAAGCACGCAUGACCUUUUUUCAUUUUAGAAUAAUUUUCUUAUAAGCUGAAUCCGUGUCAGCGUCUUGUGUAUACGAAACCUGUCAAUAUAUAUAGGCUAUAAAUUAUAUUUUCGUACAAUACCUACAGUAUAUGUGCGAUAAAUGUGUAUGAUAAGAUGUUGUAUAUAAAAUUAUACAUUAUAUGUGAUCAUAAUCAACAGUUUCAUGUGGUAAAUAACAGAACAAGUGUGUACCAUUCAGUAAAUUUAUGGUGCGCCUUAUUAAUCUUCUGUUUGUUCUUAAUGUCUGCUGGCCAUUAGCACAGGAAGGAUGUUAGCAACAACAGCUAAUACUAGGGUUUUGAUGCAAGUGGGUGGUUUCCCCAGAAAAGCACACAUAAUUAAGCUUUAAACUCUGACAAAAGGAAGACAUGGCUUCCUUGCUGCAUUUUUUACAUUUUCUGAUGCACAUGUGGCUUUAUUUAAACAUAUUUAAAAUUAAUAUUUUACCUAAUGAAUGUAUCAGGAAGAAUAGUAAAGAAUCACAAUAUUUUAGUGAGAUCAGAAGCUCCGUUUCACAUGUGGAUAUACUGACUUAGGCUAGCUGUAGCCCGUAUGUGUCAUGAUUGACACGUAGUCCUACUUUUCACAAAUGGAUAUGCGAAGAUGUGCAGUAUCACGGCAAUACUCUGCAGUUGUGCAUAUACUGUAACUCUUUAUUUAUAUUGGUAUAAAAUACAAAGAUAGAACAGUUCUACCAGGAGUGUGCUGAAGCCAGGUUAACAAAAAUACAGCAAGUAUGCAUAUAAACUGUAGGAAGGAUAUAUAAUAGGCUCAUCAACCAAUAGUAUUAAAGCUGAUUUGUACCACUAAAUCCAACAGUAACAGUGUUUUUCUUUACCAGCCCAAAAGCAGUUAGCUAGUUAACUAGUUUGCAUCUCGUCACAAUCCAACGGUUAAUAUUUAAUUUUUGUUCUGUAACUACAGGACAAGAUGUAGUGUGAAGCCACUUAUUUUCAGACUAGAGUUUGCAUGUUCUUACACACCAGCACUUAAUGUUUGAUUUUAACCACAAUUAGCGUUUAGCUGCCCAGCCUUAAUCAUGGUUUAUUUGCUGUAACCACAGUCGUACCGCUGUAUAGCAGUGGCUAUUAACCCCCUAACGAUUAAGCCACUUUUUGAAAUUUGAAAAACUCCACCAAAAAACAUAAAUUUGUGCAAGACACACAAAAUUAAAAUAGCCUCAUAAUAAUGAAUAAGUGGCGCUGAUGUUAUUUAACCUGUUCUGAAAAUUAUCAGCUGCAACACUGUCAAAUUUCUGAAACGAAGCAGAACAACACUGAAUCCAUUUUAGUCAUAGUAGUACUAGACGUUUUUUUACUGAACGAACAGCAAUAUUCAAAACUGGCAGUGAGCUGUUUUAAUAACAUAUACAAUCUGGUCCAGCUACAGAGAGCUCCAGGGUGGGAAGGGUUAAAAAAAACAUUGUCAACUAACAUAUUCAUGUAGAAUUGUCCAGUAGGUAUUGCACAUCAUGGCAGAGGCUUGUGUUUUGAACAGAAACUCGACUGUCACACUCAUUUUCUGUUAGUGAUCAUUCUGGGACUGUUGCCAACAAAAUCAGUUCAAGAAUGUUCCACAUAACUUCUCAACGAGCCACUUUGCCCAGAAGAGGUUGUAAUGACAGAAAUGCGUGAGUAAGAAUGGUAAAUGAAACCGUUAUGCAAGUAAUUUAAAAAAAAAAAAAAGGUUUAAUAUUGUUUCUGACUGUUCCUGAUACCUGCAGAGGAGUUUUUAAAAACCACAUAACAUGUUAAGACACCUGGGAAAAUGAUAGAGUCAGUCCAGGGUACAUUUAAUCAAACUUGGCACUCUUAAGCUUUUUCAUUAUCUUUUCAUCUUCUAAUAACACUUGGUAUGAGUCUUGCUUUUGAAGGUAAUGCAACUGGGAUUGCUCGUUGUAAGGAAUGCACUGAAAAAACAUCUACAGUAAAAAUUCAGAUUUAGUGCUUCAAAGUAAAACUGAAUUGGGAGUAAAGCCUUGAUUAUUUUCAAGUUCAGACAAAAUUGUGUUUGGAAGUUAAUAUAAUAAUGACAGUCAGCACUUACUUGAUACUCUGCCGGAUUAAGUCUUGUCUUUGAUUUGAUAGUUUAUUGACAACCCAAUCCCCCUGGAGAUCCCUGUAACACUACCAGGUUAUAUCUGUUGCUGUAUUUACAUGCAACCGACGACCAUUUCUGAAAAGUUUCUGAGCCAGGCACACUUAAUGAAGAGGUUGUGUGGUAUCACUAGAAUUAAUAUGUGUAUCAUUUCUGUUGCAUCAAAUCUGGUAGCAUCACAGUUGAAAAUUUUCCGAGCAGGUUUAACUGACUUAUUGUUAUAAGGCUGUUACUCUCUAUUUUACAGGUUUGAUUAGGUAAAUGUAAAAAUGGCUAUCUCUAUGCAGACACACAGACUUGUUCUCUCUGGUCCAGAAUUUUUCAUUCUGGCCUCACAGUUGUUUUUCCAGGUGGCAAUUUAAAAAAAAACAAAAAACAAAAAAACAAUAAAAAAACAAUGCCUUAAAUACCUAGUUUAUUAUUUUACUAGAUUGUCAAAAUAUAUCCACCAAGUCAUGUUGUGUUUCUGUAAAAGGAAUAGUUUUCACUUAUCAAAGUAUGAAAAUCUGAGAAAUUUGAAAUUGAGUGACACUCCAGUAUUAAAGGCCUCUACUGUCAGUGCUGUUGUUUUUGGCUUGAGAGCAUUUUUUUUUUUUUUUUGUCCUGACAAUGAGUGAUGACUGCAAGAAGCUGCAUUCAGUCAAAACUGUGUGGCACAUAAAAACUCACAGUAUACUGUGUGGCCUUACACAAAAUAUAAUUAAGUUUACCAGAAUUUAGAACAGGAAUGUCUGUGAUGUUCAGUGCACAGAGAAAUUAAGAUCAAUAUUGUUGUCAUACUGUCCAUAUUAAUUUUUGAAUCAGAACAUCUUUAUGAAAUGAGUUACAUGUGCAACUGAGCAACAAAAAGUGUCCCAUCUGGAUUAACUGUCACAGACGAUUUGACGGUCUACAUUUUAAAGAGAAAAACCAGUAAGCAGUUAAGUGGUAGACAUUGUGUAGUGAAGCAUUUGGGGAUGUUUAAACAUAAUUUCCAAGAACAUUGUAACUCUGCAGGAACAUGACAUGUUGAAAUCUGUCUUGAGUCAAUUAUUAAUCAAAGCCCAACAUGUGCAGUCAUAAUUCAUCAAUCUACACUCAACUACCCACAAUGACAACAUAAAAACACGAAAUUUUAUUAGGAAUCAGAAACUGAAGCCUAUUAUUUAUAAAAGUAUUCAGCUAGUGGUCACAGCUCAAAGGGAUUUAGGUAAGUCUCUACAGGCUUUCCGUACCAGGAUUUUUCACAUUCUUACUGACAGCUGACUGGACUGGAAAAGUUUGGAAAGGGCCGCCCUCAAGUCUUGAUGUUCUGUUGGGUUGAGGUCUGAGAUGUGGUGGGACAACUCAGCUAUAGUCAGAUUUGUUCUAAAAUCAUUCUGGUAUUGUCUCAGCUGCAGGUCUCUACACUCCAGCAUGUUUUCUUCAAAGACCUCUGUAUACUUGGAUGCAUCCAUUUUUGCCUCCAUUCUCGCCACUCUGCUGCUGAGAACACUUUAUACUAUGAUGCUGACACCGCCGUGCCUUACUGAGGAUGGUAUUUGCUAGUGAUGGGCUCUGCCUUGUGUUCCACUGACAUUGCACUUGGAGUUUUAUGAUCUUGAAAAAGUUACUCCAAUUCUACAUGAUAAACCAACAUGAUAAUAUUUUACACUUAACUUCCUUGUCUAUCUCUAAUAAACUUGUUUGCAUUAAGAUGUUUA